AUGCCUGGCUAUCCUCUCUUUCUCUACGGCCACGCAGCACCCGCCGUCGCCCCGCUGCGGCCAGCCAAUGCCACCCAGAGGCGGCACCCGUCUGCACCCCUCCAGCAGCCCCCUGGACCGCAGACGCCGGAGGCUUCUGGUGACCAAGGCCAACUGAGCUGCUACGGCAAGUUCAUGCGGUGCAUCGGAUUCAACGAGUGCUUGUGCUGUCGGAGCUCGAACAAGUCCUCGCAGAAGGCCAAUACCGACGACAGCCGCACUCGUCCAUCUGCUGCAUCCGCUGCCGAGCAGCCAGUGGCCCGACAAGGGCUGGGAGAGGCGCGUCCGUGGCAACACGGUCAGGACUCGCCACCUGCCACACACACGGAGAACCACUGGCAGCCACUGCGCCUCAGCCAGCCCCCUACAGCAGCACCAACAGGCCGCCCAUUUACUUUGGCUAUCGGCCAUCACAAUCGAGGGCGGGCCUUCAGCAGGAGCAGCAGCGCGCAGCGCCCACCGCACCACCGACGGCGAAUUAUCGCCCCAAUAUUGCGCGACUCCCUAGGGAGGGAAUGAGUCGGGCUAGGCCACCUAGUGGCUUUCAGCGGGGAGUGGGAGGGGUGUCUGUAUCGCACGCCCGACGGCCUCAACUGUGGCGACCGCCCCGGCAGCAGCAGCGCGCCCUGGGCCCUAUGUUUGGCGGACGCCAGCCGCCCAGACCAGGCGCGCUUUCCAACCUGGCAGCGAGACCCCCCGCUGCCCAUGGUCGACACACUCACGUGCAAGGCAAGCACAUCAGAAUGAAUGGCUAUGUGGCGGGUUCUUUGUUGUGUGCAAGUGGGUGGUCUUGUGUGUGUGUCGAUUCGAUGAACGAAUUCCCUCAGGGCCUGACGAUGGCCGAGGAGUUGCUCCGCCGGCCUCACGUCAACAAGGCGCUUUGCUUGGGCGAUUCGCCGUACGACCACGGCGCAAUGGACCUCGCCCUGCAACACCCGUAAGUGAAUCGAUCACAUGUCUCGCUUGUCCGUUCCCAAUGUGUGCGUCAUGCCUCCCUGUGUUGGGUGUGCAGUGGUCUCGCGACACGAGGCCUCGACGUGACGAAAAUCAAGAUGAUCUACAACGCGUCCCACUUUAAACUCAUCGCAGAGGUAUGUGGGGGAAAGAGCUGAGACGCACGCACGCAGACACACAUGCAGUGGACGCGCGCAUCGAUGUGUCUGGUGUUGUGUCGUCUGUUGCUGUCAUGCAGCAACUGAGUGUGGUCAGGGAGGAGUUGCACGAAUGGCUGAAAAGCUCUGAUAUGCACUCCACCAACUUCGAGCUGAAGCAGGUACGUGCUCUCUUCAACUUCCUUCACACAUCCUCCUCUUUGUCCUUAUCUGCUGAUGCUUCAUUCAGCACAUCUGGGGUGGUUUUGUUUACGGCCACCGGUUGGCCGGAGGCCCUCUGCCAGAUUGGCGAGACGGGUGGCAGCCAAAGGGACUGCAGAUGGACAUCCGCAUCCGGGCUUUAAUCAAGGAGACAGUGUUUACCGCUGGAAGACGGAAGUGGUGUUGAGGCAUCUUGUCGCGCCGAUCCCGCCGCACCAGCAUCGUGACGGUACGUGCAACUUUUCUUGUAAAGGGAAGCCUAAACGAAUGCUGUGUCUCUGUGUCAGACUUCAGAAUCGUUGCCUGCAUUUUAUAUCUGUCGGCCUAUUUUCCCCGUGUCUCCGCAUUCACGACCAGGGCCAUCAUCAGCCAUCGCACCACCCGCAGGACGGCCAGCCCAUCGCCCGCCCUCUACAGCCCCUUCAGCGCGGCCGCAGACGCAUAUGCCGUCUGCUCGCUGGGGGCGGCGGUGUUGAUGGGGCCUCACAUGGACCACCCCUCAGGCAGCGGCAGCAACGGCGACAUCUGCGGCGAGGAGCGGGCGUUCUUCGCCGAGAGCAACGACACCACGCCCCUCUACGACAGCCACUUUGUCAUCAAGGUCCAAAGGGAGACGGAGGCCAUGAGUGGAGCCGCGGCGCUGCAGGCGAUCUCGCCAGAUGGGCCGGCUGAGCGCCACGAGUGGCUGCCGGAGAUCAUCGCACUGUUGUCGACUUCAUCCUGA